CCCACUGUAUCAUCCACGCCCACUCCAAAAAAAAGAGGAGCUAACCCCAAACUCCCCUCUAAGACAAAGUGUGUUUCAGUUCAAAAAAUCGCGUGUGUUUGUGCCAAGAUUCAUUCACUUUAGUUUCCAGAUCAGAAUCGGAAUCAGAUCUUAAUACAAAAAAAAAGAAAUAAAAACAAGCACAAUAAAAUGCAUUCAGCGAUCCUGGAGGACUCGCCCAACGCGCGCAUCAACAAGACGAUCCUGGAUCGUUAUCUCUCCCUUCCGCUGCAGGAGAAUAUCGUCCAGGCCACCUAUGUGUGGAUCGAUGGCACCGGCGAGGAUCUGCGCUGCAAGGAUCGCACCCUUGACUUUAUCCCAUCGAGCCCCAAGGAGCUUCCGGUUUGGAACUAUGAUGGCAGCUCGUGCUAUCAGGCCGAGGGCUCCAACUCGGACACCUAUCUGUAUCCGGUGGCCAUCUACAAGGAUCCCUUCCGUCGCGGCAACAACAUCCUGGUGAUGUGCGACACCUACAAGUUCGAUGGUACUCCCACGGAUACCAAUAAGCGCAAGACCUGCCUGGAGGUGGCCAACAAGUGUCUGGAUGCAGAGCCCUGGUUCGGCAUUGAGCAGGAGUACACUUUCCUUGAUUUCGAUGGUCAUCCACUGGGCUGGCCCAAGAAUGGUUUCCCAGGACCCCAGGGACCCUACUAUUGCGGUGUGGGUGCCAACAAGGUUUAUGCCCGCGACAUUGUGGAUGCCCAUUACCGCGCCUGCCUGUAUGCCGGCAUCAAGGUUUCCGGCACCAAUGCCGAAGUGAUGCCCGCCCAGUGGGAAUUCCAGGUGGGACCCUGUGUGGGAAUCUCCAUUGGUGAUGACCUUUGGAUGGCCCGAUUCCUGCUGCAUCGUAUUUCUGAGGAGUUUGGUAUUGUGUCCACUCUGGACCCCAAGCCCAUGCCUGGUGACUGGAACGGCGCUGGUGCCCACACCAAUGUCUCCACGAAGGCAAUGCGCGAGGAUGGCGGCAUUCGGGAUAUUGAGAAGGCUGUGGCCAAGCUAUCCAAGUGCCAUGAGCGUCACAUUCGUGCCUAUGAUCCCAAGCAGGGUCAGGAUAAUGCCCGUCGUCUCACCGGCAAGCAUGAGACGAGCUCCAUCAAUGACUUCAGUGCCGGAGUGGCCAAUCGUGGAUGCAGCAUACGUAUUCCACGUGGUGUCAAUGAUGAUGGCAAGGGUUACUUUGAGGAUCGUCGGCCCAGCUCUAAUUGCGAUCCGUACUCCGUGGUGGAGGCCAUCUUGCGCACCAUUUGCCUGGAUGAAUAAGCGGGAGGCAUUUCCGCUUCCGCUGCGAAACAUUUGUUAUCGAUUUAUCGAUUGUUGUUAAAACAGACACACCUUGGAACCAUUUGACCCGUCGUCACUGAUUACCCGAACAUCGAAACCCGAACAACACCCGAAGUUAUACGAAGCAUUAUGUAGGCUUAGAAUUUAGACGUAAUUAAAGCUCGCACUCAAGUUUACCUAAUAACGUAUUUCCCCCCCGAGAAAAGCCAGAAAAGUA